AGGCUGAAUCUCGAGCGAUCUGCAAGAUAAGUAUUGGAGAUCUCUCACCGCGUUAGCCAAUUUGGAUAUCUAGCCGUCAUAUGUCUUGACUCCUUUCUUUCUGUAAAUUCUGCAGCAUAGCAUACCCGAGGUUAACAUUCCUUCUAAUUACACCUUUCGUUCCUCACCAUGAGCCACUCAUCCUCCACCCCACCAUCCGCCGACCCCGUCGUCACAUUCAGCUCGGGCCGCGACCUCAGCACCCCCCCGGACCUCCGAAUACUGCACUACAACGAUGUCUACCACCUAGACGCCUCGUCGGCCGAGCCGGCCGGCGGCAUCGCGCGGUUCGUGACGCUCUGCAACGAGUACCGCUCGGCGGAGCGGUUCCGCGGGCAGCCCGACCUGGUCACGCUCUUCUCGGGCGACGUGUUCAACCCGAGCCUGGAGAGCUCCGUCACCAAAGGCAGCCACAUGGUGCCGCUGCUCAACCUGCUCGGCACCGACUGCGCCUGCGUCGGUAACCACGACCUCGACUUCGGCGUCAGCCAGUUCCGCCACCUAACCGCUCGCUGCACCUUCCCCUGGCUGCUGGCCAACGUGCUCGACCCGGCGCUGGGCGAGGGCGUGCCCCUCGGCAACGCGCGCAAGACCCACAUGAUCACGGCGUCCAACGGGCUGCGCAUCGGGCUGCUCGGGCUAGGCGAGCGCGAGUGGCUCGAGACCAUCAACGCGCUGCCGCCGAACAUCGUCUAUCGGUCGGCCACCGAAGUGGCGCGCGAGCUGGUCCCGCAGCUGAGGGCGCAGGGCGCGGAUAUUGUCAUUGCGCUGACCCACAUGCGCGAGCCGAACGAUAACAAGCUGGCGCGGCAGUUGGCGGAGGGGAAGGGCAAGGCGAUGGUGGAUCUGAUCCUGGGCGGGCACGACCACUUCUACGCGCACAGUUUCAUCAACGGCACGCAUGUGCUGCGGUCCGGGUCGGAUUUCAAGCAGCUCAGUUACAUCGAGGUGCGGCGGCGGGAAGGGGGGGAUGGUGGGCGGGAGAAAUGGGAUGUAGAUAUCUGGCGGCGGGAUGUGGUGCGGGCGGUCCGGGAGGAUCCGGAGACGCUGGCGCUCGUGGACAAGCUCACGGCGAAGCUGAAGAAGAGCCUGGAGAAGCCGAUCGGGUUCACGGCGGCGCCGCUGGACGCGCGCUUCACCACCGUCCGCGUCAGGGAGAGCAACCUGGGCAACUUUGUGUGCGACCUCAUGCGCCACCACUACGGCGCCGACUGUGCCAUCAUGGCGGCCGGCACCAUCCGCGGCGACCAGGUGUAUGCGCCCGGCCCGAUCAGGGUCAAGGACGUGACGGAUUGCUUCCCGUUCGAGGACCCCGUGGUGGUGAUCAAGGCGUCGGGGAAGGCGAUCUGGGAUGCGCUGGAGAACGGCGUCUCGCUGUAUCCCGCGUUGGAAGGCCGCUUCCCCCAGGUGUCCAACAUCACCUUCACCUUCGACCCGUCCCGUCCCGUCGGUUCCCGCAUCGUCUCAGCCGAGAUUGGCGGCUCGCCGCUGGACGAGAACCGAGUCUACGUCCUCGCCACGAGGGGCUACAUGGCGCGCGGCAAGGACGGCUACCGCAGCCUACUGAUCCAGCCCGAGGGCGGAGAGUGCGAGGAGCUCGUGUCGGAGGAGAACGGGAUGCUGCUGUCGGCCAUGCUGCGGCAGUAUUUCAUGUCCCUAACGGUGGUGGCGAAGUGGAAGGGCUGGGAGCCAUCGUUGGAUCAGCAUUGGUCCAAAGUCGGAGACGGCGUCGCCAAGUGCCACCCCAUCAUACCAGCAUCACCCACGGUGAGCCCAACCAACGAGAAGUCCGGCAGCGGAGCGGACGGCAGCGAGGAAAAGGGCUGGGCCGCGUGGACGCCUACCAGGAUCCGGCAGCGGCGCGCCAGCAUCCCGCCCAUGCUGGCGUCCGCCGAAGACGACAGCGAGAGCGAGGACUCCGGCGAGGAUGGGGAGCGCGCCCGCCAGAAGGCCCACGCGCUCGACAGGGAGCUCGCCAUCAUGCGCCGCGUCUUCCACAAGUGGUGCCGCCGGGCUGGCGUGAACGGGAAUACGUGUGACGAGCUGCCGCAGGGUGAGAGCGAGGUGUCUUGGACGAGGGCGAUUGCUCCCCGCGUGGAGGGGCGGAUACGGAUGGUCAGUGUGGGUGCAGAAUAGCGCGUGGAUAUCGAUGAAUUAUUGAGGCGUUCCCUUCCCCUGUAUAGACUGCGUUCCUGGUUCACUAACUAGAGCUACAAUGUCAUGUCUUAUUACCCGGUAGCGAGUCUACUAGUGAGAGACAUGGAUGAGGGGUAUAGCUUGGUAGGAAGAGAAGCUAGGCCCAUUUCCUCGUCAAUGAACGGAGAGCGGGCAAGCCCCCGUCUCUCUAUGCGGCCGUUGUAUCAUCACGGCGAAGAGGAGCAUGCUAAUACAGCAUCCUACAGCAGAGAACCCAUCAUCAGUCAGUCAGUAGUACUUAUCAGUCAUG